GGGCUAGGUGGUUCAUCAACAACACCUUCCCCGAAGUGGACCAAUGCAACGCGCGGGAGGAAGCUCUGAGGUAUGGUGGAGCGUCCGUGGUGAAGCACGUUCUAGAGAGCGCGAGCUGGGUGAAUGGUCUAGCCCAGGAAUUCAGGGAGAGCCUGAAGGAUCGCGCACUCUUGCAGAGGCAGCGGGACUAUUAGAGCAGGAGAAGGCUUCCCUGAGCACCAAGCUCGCUUUUGAGGAGAGCAAACGAAGGAUCGCUGAAAGCGAGCAUGAGGCUCAGGCGCAAGAAAUGAAGCUGAUGACAAAGGCAUUCAAGGAGCUGAAGGGGAAUAUGCGGAAGUUGGUGCAUAAUGGGUUGAAGGAGCACAUCAGCAACUUCAUCAGUUCCAGCUCAUUUGAUAGCAUCGUCAACUUGUACCGGCUGCCCACUGCCAUCAUUACUUUCACAGACUGCAGAAAGAAGGUGAAGGCUGAAUAUUCCGAAGUGGAUGUGACAAAGAUCACCUUCGGCGAGCAAGAAGGAGGAGUGGAGGAGGAUGGCGAGAGCAUGUCAGCAGACUUCUGUCCUCAGAUUAAGCUGAGGUGGGAGGAUGAUGCAGACGGUCUUGUUGUUUUUCCUCCACAGUUCGACUUCGAGUUCGUUGCAGUGGAGGAAGAAGGGGCAGAGGUAGAGAAGGACGAGAUGGAGGCAGGAGUGGAGGGAACUGAAGUGGGUGAGAUCCAACCAGUUCCAGAAGUGGAGAUUCAUCCAAUUCCCUCUGACGAUGAGCAGCCUCCUCUGCCGGACGAGCAGCAGCCAGCACAGCCACCUCCUCCAGCUGAGUAGGAGCCAGUGGAGCCACCUCUCUCAACAGAGAAAUAAUUUUGUUUUUUGAUUUUUUGUAAAGACAUUUAAACAGUUUGUAAUAUUUAUGUUAUUCUGAAUGAAAAUUCAUUUUUGAA